AAAAGUCCUUCCGUUCCCAGUAAAUUCCCAUCGUUUCGACUCAACGAUGGAGGGAAUCGAGCACCAAAAUUCUCAAAAUCUCGAAACUCUUCAAAACCCUAGCAUCUCUCAACAAGAUCCAGAACCAACAGAGGCCAAGCCCGCUGCUGCUCUCGAUCGAAAUGAGAUCUUCAAAGCACUGGAGAUCGUUGAGAGGGACGCCGUCGCCAUUGCCGACAGCUACGCCUCCCUCUUCUCCUCGCUUCGAAUGGCUCUCUCUGAGGCAACAAGUACGUCCGUGGAGAAUAUGCAGUGUUUCAGUGAUGUUGUUGGAUCCAUACAGGAAUCUGCCCUUGAUGCAGCAACUAAGGGAAACCGAUACAUAAAUUCAUGCUUGAGAUUGAGUGAAGAAUUGAAGGGCAUGGAAACUCUUGCUUUGCAACUAAAGGUUUUGAGAAAAAAUGUCGAUGCUCUGGAUUCAGCUGUGGACCGAUUAGUUCGGCUUCCUUGAGGGACAUCUGAAAGUUGUUUGGAGUUAUGGAAGGCUAAUGUAACUGGGCUUUAUUUCUCCUGUAUGUACGUAAUAUCACACGAAGAAGUUCCACAAAAGAACCAACCUGGCUAGAUUCUGAGAUGGUUUUUGCAUAUAAUGAUGCCAGAAGCUACAAGGGUUGUGAGAAGUUGUUUUUAUUUGUAAUUUUCAUUUGAGACACUCCUAUUGAUGUCCUUUUCUUUACAAAUAUUAAAUUUACCAUAAACCACCAUAAAACAAGUAUCGACGAGCCAGAUUUGAAGAUUUUAGUUGAUAUUGUGCAAGAACAUCUCAGGGAUAUUUGUUGGGGGUCCAUUUUGGAACUUCGGGUAUUUUACUAAAUGGUGAUUGUGUAACGCUUGAUAUCAUGUUAUAAAUAUUAUAUAAUUCUUGUUAUA